AUUCAAGCACGACUUUGCAACCAUGGAUGACUGGGACUACCUCGAAAAGCAAGUAGAUGCGCCUGGGGCCAGCCCCAAGGAAGCUGCACAGAACGGUUCACCUAGACAACCUAAAGAAGGACGCGAGAGCCGUGAACGAAGUGAGAAACCUAAAGAGAAAGACCGUGACCGCGAGAAGGACCGUGACCGUGAGAAGGACCGCGACAAGGAGCGGCGGCGAAGCAGGAGCCGCAGCAAGGACCGCAAGAAGGAGAAGGAGGACCGGCGUCGCUCACGGAGCAGGGAAAAGCGUGAGAAGGAGCGGCGGAGCCGCAGUCGGGAACGGCGCGACCGCGAUCGUGACCGCCGGGACGACCGCGACCGGGGCCGGCGACCGGAGCCUUCUUAUGAGCGCAGGCGUGAACGGGAGCGGACUCCGCCGGAGGUGCGGGCUGCGCGUGAGGCCGAGAAGGAGCUGCGUGAAAUGGAGCGCUCGACGCGCACGGCGUUCGCUUACAACCUGAGUCUCAAAGCGGACGAGCGGGACAUCUACCAGUACUUCUCCAAGGUCGGCAAGGUGGUAGACAUCAAGCUCAUCACGGACAAGAGCACGCGGCGCAGCAAGGGCUUCGCCUACAUCGAGUUCAGCAAGGUGGAGGAGGUGAUUGCGGCAGUGGCGCUGACGGGCAGUGUGUUCAUGAACCAGGCCAUUAUGGUCAAGAGCUCGGAGCACGAGAAGAACCUGGCGUGGGAGGCCCAGCAGCAGGCCAAGCAGAGCCAGCUCAAGGCCGCCACGCUGCUGAGCCAGGCGGGCGGCGACAACCCGGUGCCGGUGGGGCCCUGCAAGCUGUACGUGGCAAACCUCAACCAGGCCAUCGCCGAGCCGGACCUGCAGCAGCUGUUCGCGCCGUUCGGCAACAUCGAGUCGGUGCAGGUCGUGCGCGACACCAACGGCAAAUCGUCGGGCUAUGGCUACGUGACGUUCACCAUGGUGUUGGACGCCACCAAGGCGCAGGAGCACUGGAACGGCCGCAUGGUGGUGGACUCGGCGCUCAAGGUCUCGAUCUCCUCGCUCGCGCCCGCCGUCACCGCCGCCGCCGCGGCGGCGCUGCCCGUGCUGGCGGGCGCUCCCAACCUGUUCACCGCGGCAGCGGGCGGGCUGGGCGGCGCCGCCGCCGCGCUGCCCGGCUCCCUGCCCGGCCUGUCCGUGCUGGGCGGCGGCCUGGGCGGCACGCUCAACAUCCCUAGCGACGUGGCCAGCCGCUUCGGACUGGCGAUGCCCGGCGGCCCUGGCGGCGCCCUACCGGGUGCCGUGCCCGGCCUGCCGGUGCCCGGUCUGCCCGCCGCGGCGGCGGCGGCGGUGCAGCCGCCGGUGGUCGACUCUGGCAUUGGCGAGCUGGACGAGGAGGAGUCGCGCGGCGGGCUCAAGCUGACCUCGGACCGGCGCCAGGCGCUCAUGGCGCGCCUCGCCACCUCGGCCGGCCUGGCGCCGCACGCCCCCGCGCUGCCGCCCGGCGUAGCCGUGCCGGGCAUGCCCGCGCCCGUUGCCCUGCCCGGCCCGCCGCCGCUGCCCGCGGCCGCGCCCGCGGGUCCCAAGAUGGACCCGGCGCUCUCGCUCAUUCAGUCGGUGUUGGGUCCUAGCUCGCCCAUCCCCACGCCGUGCCUGCUCAUAAAGAACAUGUUUGAGCCGGGCGAGGCGGAGGCGGAGAGCGGGCCGGGCUGGGCGGAGGAGAUCGCCAGCGACGUGCAGGAGGAGUGCGCCAAGUACGGCGCUGUGGUGCACGUGCACGUGGACAAGGCCAGCAAGUGUCGUUGUGCUGCCGCUGUCGCCGGGACGCGGCCGUCCCGCCGCGCCAUGGCCCACUCGGCGGUCAGGUACUUUGCCCGCGCCCCGCACACGACCCAGUAGUGCGGGGCCAGGUAUGUGUGCCCGAGGGCGCUGGUGCCUGGUUCGUGACAUGUUGGCAAAGCGGAGGAGCGCCCGGCUUUUGCUGCUCUCACGGCGCAGCAGCAGCGUAGCGCACAGUCUUCCCGCACGCCCCCAAGCAACACGCACGCUGGCGGCCCCCGUGACAGCGUGUGGCGUGCAAUCCACGCAGGUGGCCCCGGAACGGUCGCGCGCACUCCCCCCCAUUCCUUUCCAUGACAGGCGCACGGGAUAGCGUGGAGGGCAUGUGUCGCUGCCGCUUUGUUUGCUCCCCAACAGGCUUUCGUGCCGCGCAUGUGCGGAGGAUGUGGUUCCCUGUUCCCGGCCCCAAAGCAUGCAGGACGAGGGUGGUGGUGGUGACAGUUUUGAGGUCUUAAAGCUGUUUGCUGCACGUUGAGACCUCACCAUUGAGGCGUGCGCGCGCAGGUGCCGCCUACGAGCGGGCGUGCGCGGCCGGAGCCCGGCCAUGCCUUUGAAUCCCCCCACCUCCGCAGGCCGAGCGUGCACGAGCGUUCCCGCCCCGGCAGCUUACCAAAGGUCUAGGCAAGGCUCCUAUCAUACUCCCAACCUGCCUGACUGCGUGUGCUCUCAACCCAAGCUUACCUAAAGAACCCCCUUGAUCUAGAUAAGACACGCUUUCCAUUACUUACCCCACGCCGCCCUCCACCCACCGCGUUUCCUGCUUUGACAGGGCUGUGUCUACCUCAAGUUCGGGAGCGUGGAGGCGGCAUCGGCGGCGCAGCACGCCAUGAACGGACGCUGGUUUGCGGGGCGGCAGAUUGGCGUAGAGUAUCAGUUCCUGCAGCCCUAUAACUCGCACUUCAAGUGCUGAAACGUCCCCGCGGCUGCAACUGAGUGAACCGCUGCUCGGGCAGGUCCUGGCGGCGGCGGCGGCAGGGCGGACAGGGGAGGAGGAGGAGACGCGAAGCGCCGCAGUUUGCGGCGCCAUCUGUGCCGGCGGCGGCUGCAGCUGCGCGGCAGCUGGCGCGUUCGUCGGUCGGACAACAGCUUGCGCGCCAACUGCUACUCGCUCAGUGGUAGGGGCCCAGGGCACUCAUCGUUGCUCCCCACACAGGUGGAUCUCGGCGCGCCGGGCGAUCGCGGCGCGGCGGCAGGUGCUGGAGCAGCAGGCGCCACGCGCGGCUUGGCGGCGCGAUUCAGUGGAGCAGGAUCGGCAGCAGAAAGUAGCAGUUGAGCAGUUGGCGCAGACCGCGGCUUGGGCGGACGGAUUGGGUCCACCUGACCGUGUUGCCGUCCCGUCAACCCCCAGGUCGAGCGCAUCUAUAAUGGAGCAGUGUUUGCAUGGCGGCCGGCGGCGGCUGCCGGUGAAUGCUUGUUUUGCCUUCCAACAGGUUUCCCGGGCGGAAGGAGCCUGGCGAGCGGGCACCAUGGCUUUGUGGUGAGGGUGCUAGUUAUCGUUUGUUGACGUAGCGGACAUGGGUUACUAUAGAGUGGAAGGCCUGCAUUCACUGACUUGAAUGGUACAGUCAGGCGAGACCAAUGGUGACGAACGAACGCGGGCACUGACACGGACCAGACGAAGUGACGUUGACAGAGGUUGGCAACACUGCACACGCAGGCUGCAAGAGGAGUUGCAUGAGGGACUUGGGUGUUGGCAAAGCCACUAUGGCACACCACACGGGGGAGGCACCCUAGGUGAAAAAGUGCAUUUUUCACCCCUUACAAAAACCCCCCUUGGCAACUUGCGAAGUCACCAAAAUCGGGCAGGGUGUUCAUUAACAAAUACUUGAUGUUCGGAUCUGUUCGCAAGUUGCCAAAUAUGGUGAAAUUUGGCAUGCAAGAUGGGGGGUACAAAACGUGUCAGAAGGGGGGAUCACUGACCCCAGACUUCAGCGGAUCCCUCCUAAAAUCUUAUGAAGCAU